CAGAAAGUAAAAUAUGCAAGUGGCCAAGUGGGAGGAUAACAUAAAUAUGCAGAGUGUGCGUGGGAUUGAUUGUAGUAUGUAUGUAUGUAUGGUGUAAUAAAUCAUGGGUUCUCCUGAGUUAAGUAAGUGGGAUCCUUUUGAUUUAAUUGGGGAAGAGGGAAGAGGAAGCGAGGAUAUUAUUAUGCUUUCAAUUCACCCCCAUAAGUUGAUAUUCAGUGAAGAGAUGAAGAAUGAUGGAGAAAUUCUUUGUCGUUGGUGUUUGGAUCCAGUGAAGGAUGCUACCUACAAUUGCAAAGACUGCUCUUUCUCCCUUCACAAGUCUUGUGCAGACGUUGUUCGAGGAUGGCGUUACCAUUGGUGGACUUCCUUUAACAAAAACGAGGAUGGAUGCAAUAAUUGUUGCAUCUGUGGGGAAAUAGUCUCAGACAGUCAUCCCAGCUAUGUAUGUCGCAUAUGCAACAUGGUUCUUCACAAGAGCUGCGUCAGCGAUUUGCCAAGAGAGUUUAAGCAUGUUGUCCACCGCGAACACCCUCUUUUUCUUCUCUCCAAUUGCAAACGGUACGGCACAUGUGAUCGCAAUGGUGCCUUUGUUUACUACUGCGAAUAUUGCACAUUCACCCUCGACAUCAAGAGAGCUCUCCAACGACAACCAUUGUGUUUACAGGAACCGGAAAAUCACAAACAUGAAUUUAUUCCUCUUAUGAGGUCAGAAUAUUCUUUUCCCUGUGAUGCUUGUGGCUUUAUAACUAGAAAUUUUGGGUCGUCAAGCGAAUCUUUCCUAUGCACCAUUUGUCAGAUCAUUGUUCACGACGACUGCAUCUCACUCCCACACACAAUCAAGAUAUUUCAUCAUGAUCACCCCCUCACCAAUACUUUCUUCUUUCUACUUAAAGAUGAAGACAUUCCUCCUGUUGACCAACUAAAUUGUCGAAUUUGCCGUACCAAGUUUGACAAGGAUUUUGGAGGUUAUUAUUGUGUGGACUGCCAGUUUGUUACCCACGUGGGCUGCGCGUUGGAAAAUCAGAUUUCAACAAAUAACUCAAUCGUGAAUGCUCAAGAAGCAAUUGUUGAUUCGGUCAGGGAGAUUGAGCUGACGGAAGAUGAAUUCCCCCUACAGAUUAAGCACUUCAGUCACGAGCACAAAUUAAGUCUUAGUGAUGAAAUGGAGGAUAAAUGUUGUGCUGGCUGCAUCCGACCUAUCUCACAUCCAUUUUACAGGUGCGUGGAGUGUGGCUUUUUUCUCCACAAGACCUGUAUUGACUUGCCAAACCAAAUAAGACCUGUUUUUCAUGACCACCCCCUAACCCUUCUUCCGAGUGCGCCUCGUGACAAUUGGACUUUCCAAUGUUCUCUUUGUCAUACGUAUUGCCAUGGCUUCGUAUAUGCUUGUGAAGAAUGCAAAAACUUCUAUGCUGAUGUUCGAUGUGCAUCAAUCCCGCUAAACAUCAGACAUCCUGGUCAUGAUCACAAACUCUCUUUCACUCGUAUACCCAGUUAUAAUGGUAGAUAUUGCUAUUCUGUAGUUCCGACGCUAACUAUCUAUUUCAAUGCAAUAAGUGUCCAUUUGACAUAGAUUAUAGAUGUGCUACACGACCGUCUACGGCUAGAUAUUGGGAUCAGGAACAUCCACUUGUGCUCACUUAUCAUACAAAUGACGAUGGUUCUGAUGCCUAUUAUUGUGAUAUUUGCGAGAAAGAGAGAGAUCCAAAGCAUUGGUACUACUAUUGUGCUAAAUGCGACUAUGCUGGUCACCCUGAUUGUGCUCUUGGAAACAGCAUAUAGCAUCUGGUUUUGUUGUGAAAAAUGUGACUUCCAUGCUCAUCCUGAAUGUGUUUUGGGAGAUGAAUUUACUAUCCAACAUCGCCAAAUGACUCUUAGCAUUGUCAAAAGAACAAGUUGGGGGUG